CUCUUCCUCAUCUUCAAUCCGACCACGCGGUUGAUGUGGACGCAACGCGACAGGUCCCAGUCACACUAUGCCCUCCAUGUUACCAAGUGAUGACGCCGCAGAAUCAUUAGACUUGGUGCCAGAUGGCACGAUCCUCUCGCCAAGUCCAGUCAUGUCCAUCUCAGUUGAGGGAAAAGGUCAACGAGCAGGCUCCUUAUCAUGCAAGACUUGCGGGAAGGUGUAUGCGCGACCCGACCAUCUAGUGCGCCAUCAACGUUCUCAUUCCCAGACGAAACCUUUUUCUUGCAGAGUGUGCGGCAAAGGUUUUGCCAGAGCUGACGUGCUGAAGCGCCAUGUUGCCAACCAUGAGGAAUCCGCCGACCCAUUAGCAAAGCGACGACGAAAAUCGAUAUUCAACGGACGAUGUCGUGUCGCAAAGGCAUGUAGCGCCUGCGCAGCGGCAAAGUUAAAGUGCGAAGAGGAGAAACCCUGCCGGCGUUGUCAGCAGAAACAACUGUCCUGCCUUUACACGGAUUCCACUGCACCUAUUGAUGAUGGCACUGGUCAAGUGCAAGCGCCGCCGGCUGAGCAAAUAAUGACUCAAGAAGGAGCGUUUCCCGACUUUCAAUUUCAUAUGCCUGAUUCAUCUGGAGCACCAGCUUUUAUGAUAUCUGACGAUGGGCGGACCAACACAAGCUCUAACCUUGGGUCGAAGCCUCCUCUCACUGCCACAUCAGAGCAGAAGGCGCAAACCCCCGAUCUAGCGUCACACAACGGAAGCCACGACGAUUCACAAGCCUUCAAUUUGGGUACCGAUUUCUCCUAUGAUUUCGACGAGUCGUCGCUCGCGUAUUUUCUGAAUGAUAUCAUGCUUCCGGUGACUCCUGUUCCCGAUGCCCAGCAUCUGCUGAACGAACAACAUUACCUCCCGCGCACACCUCGGGAUUUCCUAGACUUUGGAAUCAAUCUGGAAAAUAUUCCGGAGCUGGACAUUUUGCUUGGGACACAACACGCCGACGCAAUACCUUCAGCGAGCAACAGACCCUUAAAUCCACUUCCAGGUUCAGGCACUAGAACCCCGAUUUUUGGGGACGGAGUAUCCUCAGGAAACGCCGCGUUCAUGCGAUCAGUUUGGAUGUGGACACCCACCAAUCAGAAUUAUGGCGGCGAGGACAAUCUCAAUCUUUCCCUGCCGUAUGCCGAUAUGGAAAGUCCUGAAACUCAGGCCGUGGCAGAUGAUCGACUGUCCAACCACUUCCUCGACAACACCGGGCGGGAUAAAAUUCUUGUCUGUGUGCUAACGACCUGCGACUCCUCACUCUAUACAGCCAUUGCGUCGUCCUUUCCGAGCGCCCAGCUCCUGAACAAGCUUUUACAUUUCUACAUGACAAUCCAUCUGAAUCAAGUGGACGCCUGGUUGCAUUUGCCCACCUUGGAUCUGGGCGAGUCAUUUGAGCUUGCCGCAGUCAUGGUUGCUGCUGGGGCUGUCCUAUGCUCCGUGUCAUCGAUACGAAAGCUCGGCUUCGCGUUACAAGAAGCAUGUCGAAAUUUUCUUGCCGAAAAGAUUGAGAAAGAUAAUAGAUACAUUCGAGAUCUUACAACCCUUCAAGCGUUCGCACUACAACUUCAAAUAGGUCUCUGGAGUGGAGACAAGCGCAAGAUGGAACUUGCUGAAAGUUUUGCUCAACCUCUGAUCACUAUGGUCAGAAGGGCGGGUCGGCUUGGACGCCCUAAAGGGCAGCCAUCUCAUCCUACUCAUCAAGACACCCCAGAUACGUUGGAACUGAAAUGGAAGCAAUGGGUCUAUGCCGAGUCAUACAAAAGGCUUGUCUGUCAUAUUCUCAUUCAUGCCAACCAGGCUUCUAUGGCUUACCAAGUUCCACCACUUUUAUCAGCAUCCGAAAUUUCUUUCGGUUUUCCGGCCUCAAAGGAGCUAUGGGGUGCGAGUACUGCGGAAGAAUGGAGGGAUGUCUAUCUCCAACACAAACUCGAUCCUCAAGAGAAAAACGUGGCCAUUUGCCAAGGCAUCAGCAAUGUGGCAGAGCUCAAAAACCAACCAAACAUCGACCUCGCUUUCGCUGCUUGCAUCGUCACCUACAGCAUUUGGGCCGUAGCCUACAGCGUUCUUCAGCUAAACGCGCUCAUACGAUCGCCGUCUUCUGGUCUCAACCAUGGAGGUCUCUUCUUGAGCAACACUCAUGAGCCCGGGGCCGUGCAUCUGAUAGAACAACUAGUCCUGAUCCUUUCUGAUUGGAACGGGAUAUUUCGGCCAGAAAUGGUGCUUGUCUCCGAAAGGACACUUCUCAAUCUCCACGUGUCCUUUGAGCAAGUGCAGUUGUUCGCCGGCAAAGAAGGUGAGGAGGAAGCGCGCCGCGCAUUCCCAUUCUUGCAGCAGUGGGCCAAGAGCAGCGAAUCUCGCAAAGCCAUAUGGCAUGCGGGCCAGAUUCUCAAAGCUGCGAGAAUGUGUCAUGCUCAGGCACUUCACGACUUCGGUUCGAUCUGCCUAUACCACGCUGGUCUUACGUUUUGGGCUUACGCCGUUGUUCGUGCGGCUCUUCCAACUAAGAAUCAGACCCAGACACAGUCAUCGAGCGCUCACAUGACCGCAAAUGAUGCAAUUCAAAUCUGGCUAGAUGGAGACGAUUCUCCUGCGGUCCAGCGAUUCAUAAGUCUCGGCCGCGGCACUCCGGUCGUACGUAACGGCAUUGAAAGCUUGAAUGGAACGGUAACUUUGAGUAACCCAAAGGGACUGAUGGAGCUGUGCAUCAAUGUGUUGAAGAAGAACCGAAAUGGCGGCGACAACGGAACUUCUUUGCCUCUGAUUGAAAAUCUGAGCCAGUUGAUGCAUGACCUGGGUAACGCUGCGCAUGGGGUAUUGUCCGGACAGUUGAGACGUUACAGGGGACACCAGCCAGGAACGCAAGAAGAUUCGGCGUAAAUACAUCACGAGGACCUGCAUGCUCCUGAAAAGCAUGCAUAAAUGGGAGACUUCC